AGAUUAUCUAGACAUUGGUAGGUUGACUGACGUAUUCACAACAAAAGUUUUCUAAAAAUGCAUUUUUUAAGUUUCCUUAAGUUUUGAAGUUUGUGUCACUCCAAUUUAUUAUUACUAGGCACGUAUUGAAGUUGCUUUUCAAUUAGGUGGUGAGUUAGGUAAUGAUUGAAAUUAAUAACAGCUUCAUCAUAUGUUAACUAUGAAGAGCGAAAUUAUAUUGGUGCUGAACUUGGAUCAAGUACUUGAUCCUUAUCAUCUUUUGAAUGCGGCAACGAGUCGAUUGGUGGCGCAAGGCUCCGGUCAGAUCCAACUAUGGCAAUUUCUGCUCGAGCUGCUCAACGAUUCGUCGAAUUCCGCGUGUAUCACGUGGGAAGGCACCAAUGGCGAAUUCAAACUUACCGAUCCCGACGAGGUAGCCCGGCGAUGGGGAGAAAGAAAAUCCAAACCGAAUAUGAACUAUGACAAACUCAGUAGAGCUCUUAGGUAUUACUACGAUAAAAACAUUAUGUCAAAAGUUCAUGGCAAACGGUACGCCUAUAAGUUCGACUUCCAGGGACUGAUGGCUGCGUGUCAAGCUCAAGCUCAGGGACAAGGAGACGUUCUACCAACCUACCAAAAGUACCAACCUCACCAAAGUGAAUUAGGAGCUGCUCUCUACCCUACAGGGCAUACUGUUAAUCAUAGGUUACCAAAUAUCUUACCAGGAACUACGCAACAUUCCCAAACAGCUCUUUUCCCACCACCUACCUACUGGCCGUAUUCUCCCGCAAACUUUGAUCCAAGGGGUGCUCCUUUUAAUUAAAAACUAUUGUAUAGUGUCGUUAUUUCAAAUUUGCUUUGAAUGCAUUUUCGUAAUGUGGAUAUCAGAAAUUGGUAUAAAAUGAUAAAAAUAUACCUAAUGAAAAUUAUUUUUUUUUAAUAUUUAGUUCUAUAAACAAUCGGUAACAGGUUAAAAAUUAAUCCAAAAAAUUAUAAAGAGCUAAUACUAAACUAUUAACUGAUUUGAUAGAAGACAAACUGAAAGCAAAUUUUACUUAAUAAAAUCUACAAGACUUCAGAAGAAGCUAACGGGCUGAUGACAACAUUAUUAAAUUGAUUUAUUUAAAAUAAUCACGUAUAAGCCGGUAGAUGGUCAACUUUCCAAUUAUGCUCGUACCGUCUAAGCAUCCAAUGUAAAAUUGACACUUUUGCAAUAUUUUGGUAAUAAAGUAGGUAGUUUAAAUGCGUU